CUUCUGACCUAAAAUAACGACAACUGCCUUCACUGAUCCUGGUCAGUUUCCCCCUUCAGAAAUCGGCCAGUGGUGCACGUGCUCUUCCUUUACUCCCAUCCCAACUCCAGGACUUGAGCGCAACCCGUGUUCACGUAGGAGGCCCUCAAUAAAGUUGCUCACUUGUUGCUGUCCCGCCCCCACGAGAGGCUGCGCGCGCCGCCCAGGAAGUCUCGCGAGAGUCAGCGGCGUCCGUCCUUGGCCGCAGGAGCCGCCGGGUGGUAAAGUGCAGGACUAGGGCUGUGCUGUCAUGGCUAAGACGCUUCUUCACCAGUACUGGGACAUCCCCGAAGGCACCGAGUGCCACCGCAAGACCUACGCCGCCACCAGUAUCGGUGGUGCCGCUGGCCUCGUUGUCUCUGUCUACAGCGUUGCUCUCAAAACCCCGACCUCCUUCUUGGAGGGAGUGGCGAGGACGGGACGGUACACAUUCACUGCAGCCGCCAUUGGAGCCAUAUUUGGCCUCACCUCCUGCAUUAGCGCCCAGGUCCGCGAGAAGCCCGAUGACCCUCUCAACUACCUCAUCGGAGGCUGUGCCGGAGGCUUGACCCUGGGAGCGCGCACCCGCAGCUAUGGGAUCGGAGCCGCUGCCUGUGCGUACAUGGGCUUGACGGCUGCACUGGUCAAGAUGGGCCAGCUGGAGGGCUGGAAGGUGUUUGCAGAACCCAAGGUGUGAGCCCUGUUGCCGCCUCCCAGGACCUCGGGCAGUUUGAAACUCGUGUAAAAUAAUAAAUCCUGUGUAUAUUUGUGUG